AUGAGAGUCCUUGUUCUUGGCGGUACUGGGACCAUCGGUGGACACGCAGCUCUCCACCUCCAAUCACUUGGCCAUGAAGUUUCAAUCGCAGGUCGGCGCCCUCCACCAGAGACAACCGCUCUUAUCCGGCUUCCAUAUAUCCAGGGAGACUUCGUCCAAGACACGUUCACCAGGGACCACUUAGCCGGCUUUGAUGCGGUUGUCUUCGCUGCUGGCCACGAUAUCCGUCAUACACCACCGGGAGAGGACUUUGACGAGCAUGUUCUCCGCGUGAAUGGCGAAGCCAUCCCACAGUUCGCUCGCUUAGCGCGUGAUGCUGGCGUAAAGCGCUUUGUCUAUAUCGGAAGCUUCUACCCGCGUAUUGCGAAAGCGUCGAUUGAUUCCAACGCAUACGUUCGCUCGCGGAAGCUGGCUACCGACGGUAUCCUUGAGCUUGCAGGAGAAGCGUUCAACGCAUGCGUUCUCGAGGCGCCAUUCGUCGUAGGGAUCGUGCCCGGAAUGAGUACGCCGGUAUUUGAAGCCUACGUACGCUACGCUAAAGGGGAGUUGGGGAUCCCAUUUUUCGGCCCACUUGGUGGAUCGAACUUCAUGUCAACCCAGUCCUUGUCGGAAGCAAUUGCAGGUGCCUUGGUACACGGUGAGCCGGGGAAGGCCUACCUACUAGGUGACGAGAAUCUCAGCUUCGCAAGUUAUUUCCAGAAAUUCUUCGACGCCGUUGGUAAUAGCACGUCACUUCCAUCGCUCGAUCAAGAACACCCACUGUUACCUGAUACGGUCAUUUACUCGGGUCGAGGAAAUAUGGUGUCAUAUGAACCAGACCCAGCUGAUGCCGAGAGACUUGGAUAUCGCCGUCACGAUGUCAGCAGAGCGAUUGCUGAGAUUGUCUCCUUAUUUUAA